AUGGGCCCAAGAGAACCACACGACGCCAUUUGGUCUCAAGUAAACCACUUCCAAUCUUUCCGUGAACGAGGGACACGGUGGGGCCCCGCCGCCUCGCAGUCCCACUUCGCCAAGUUUGAGCGUUUCACGCCCAACGAUGCGGCAUCUUUUGACGACUCGUUCGCCUGCGUCGCCUCAUCCCAGCGGUGGGUUCCCGGUUCCUCGGAAUACACCCGACAGCGCACCAUCGCGAUAAGGGAGAAACUGGAACUCCACUACUUCUCGCUGCCGCAACAACUAGACGACGUCAACGAAGAAGAGCUCGGCGGAGAAGAGAAAACGCUCCAGAAUACGCUCGUCAACAUUGUCGACCUCAUAGAUGCGCGGCGGACGGGCAAACGUGCCGAAGCGUGGGGCACUUUUGAGGAGUUCCGCACCUAUACGCUCCGAGACAAAACGAGGAUUGAUCUCCACAAGACGAAGAGGUUCUCAGGGUACCUUGCUUCGUUGUUACAGCGUCUGUCAGCCCUCUACGCAAAAAAACGCAAUGGCUCUAGGGGAUCAAGGGUGGCGUCGGGCCGCAUCACCAAAUAUCGGGCUUAA